ACAUCAACGCAGCCAUUUUUGUGAUGGGUUUUAUUAUAUGUACAGUGAACAAGGCAUUUUUACAAUAGCAUGGGACAUAAAAAAAAGAAAAGAAAUAAAAGGUUAAUAAACCUUGUUCUCCUAUCUUGGAUGAUGAUAUUGAAUCGAUGUUUAUUAGAGAGAUUUACUGAUACACUUGAAGGCAAAUAUCGUCUCAUAGAUCACUAUGCAAUACAAACAAGGUAAUGUCAUGUAAAAAAUGAGGAAUGGAUAAAGAAACUUUAUUUACACAAGUAAAUGAACAUUUGGUGAAUAGUACUGAAAUGUUAGAUUUAACUUAUUCUGAAAAACCAGCAAGAAACAUGAUGCUUCAUGUACCAAGUAGUUAUACAUAUAAUUUUUGGACAAAAACACCAACAGAAGUUGUUGAACUGACAUGUUUGAUGCCCAAUGGUAUUAUUAUUCCCUUUGAGACUAAUCGGAAUACAACGUUAGCAGAAAUCAAAGAAGAUCUUUGGGAUGAAUCAAGCAAAUAUCCUUUACAUGGAUUAUUGAAAGAUUCACGGUCUUACAUAUUUUUAUGUAUUAAUGCUAAUUCAGAAACAGAAGAGUUGAGAGAUGAAAGUAGACGUUUAUCUGAUAUAAAACCUUUCUGUGCUAUAUUUAAACUUAUUGAGAAAGAGGAUCUGAAAGUUGACAGAAAUUUAGAUUCUCAAAUCGGCCUUCUGAUUGGCAAAGGUUUACAUGAAUUUGCAGCAUUAAAAAAUUCUGAAGUCAAUGACUUUCGUUGGAAAAUGCGUUUAUUAGGAGAUGAAAUUGCAUCAGAUAGACAGAAAAAAUUUUGGACAGAGAAAGUUUUAUAUCAAUUUCCAUCAAGGUUAGCUUCUUCUCCAGAUAUUCCAAAAACUAUAGAAUCACGCUUGAAAGAUGGAAACAUAGUAAUUGUAGUUAAAUUUGAAAAUGUGGAAACAUCAUAUACAUUUUUAGUUGCACAUGCAACAACUUCUCGGCAGUUAGUUGUUUUGGCUUUGAAUAAACUUGCAAAUACUUUAACUUUGCGUGACGAACGUCCAAGAGAUUUCACACUGAAAAUUUGUGGUCAAGAGGAAUACCUUUUAGAAGAUUAUCCAUUAAUUCAAUACAGCUAUAUUCAAGAUUGCAUUGCCAAGGAUGUUGUGCCUACACUCGUAGCUGUUAGUAUAAAUAGUAUAUCUGUUUAUAAAGAUCAUGAUUAUGAGGAUCCUGAUUCUGAUGUACUGAACCGUGGCAACAGACCAUCAUUUUCAACUUUGACACUGCGUAAGAAAGGCAAAUAUACCUACUCCUGGUAUAUUGAUGAUAAUUUCAAAUUUGUCGUUAAUGGUAUUUCUCGAUUGAAUUGUGAGGCAAGUAAUCGUACAGUGGAAGUUGGCUUGCAAGCUGGAGUGUUUCACGGUGGCAAAUCUCUGGCUGAGAGUCAAAAAACAAAAGAUAUAGUGGUUGGUCCAGAUGGAAAUUGCGAGUGGGAAGAGACCUUAAGUUUCAAUAUAAAAAUUCGUGAUAUUCCAAGAAAUACUCGUUUGUGCUUUGUUCUAUAUGAAGUUGGAAAAACUUCGAAAGGUAUUAAAAGUCGUAGACUUGUAAAAGAUUCUAAACAAGAAUACUUUAUCAAUCCACUAUGCUGGGCAAAUACGACUAUAUAUGACUACAAAUGUCAAUUGAAAACUGGCGCUACGACUCUUUACACAUGGGCUUAUGCUGAAGACAUCCAGAACGAAGACUUACUGCAUCCACUAGGCACAGUUGUAUCAAAUCCUCACAUAGACAGAGCAGCAGCACUGAUGUUGACUUUUCCGACAUACACAAGGGAUCAAAUAAUUCUGUAUCCGUCGCCUGAAAAAAUGCUCGAGUUUGUUCACAAAUUAAACGAGUCGAGGGAGAAUUCAGCGGAAUUCGAUCCUACUAGUGUUUCCGACACAGAUCUGCAGCAGCGAAUCGAUCAACUUCAGUUACUAGCCGAUCGAGAUCCAUUGCACGAGCUUCACGAGCAGGAUAUAAAAAGUAUUUGGUCGAUGAGGGAGCAGUGUAUCAUGAAAGUGCCAACUAUUCUAGCGAAACUUUUGCAGUGCGUCGACUGGAACGAUCACAAGCAAGUUGCCGAAGCAACUUCUCUUCUUCUCCGUUGGCCAAAAUUAGCCGUUGAAAGGGCUCUCGAAUUACUGGAUUACGCUUACGCCGAUCAAAUAGUUCGCAGUUUUGCCGUCAAGUGCUUGCGAGACGUUAGCGACGAAGAUCUAAGUUUGUUCUUGUUGCAAUUGGUUCAAGCUCUCAAGCACGAAAAUUACUUGUGGUGUGAGUUGACGGAGUUUUUAUUGCGACGUGCACUUAGUAAUCAACGCAUAGGUCAUUUUUUAUUCUGGCACUUGCGAUCAGAAAUGCACGUGGGCUCAGUGCAGGUGCGUUUCGGCUUGAUUCUGGAAGCUUACUGUCGAGGUAGUCAGGAGCACAUGAGAGUUUUAUCGAAGCAGAUGGAUUGCUUAGAGAAAUUAGCGAACGUGUGCGAUCAAGUGAAGCAGCGUAAAGAUCGAAAGGCUGCUCAGCAAUGUUUGUUGGAGUACUUGAAAGACGGCCACUUCAAAGAAGCCUUCAUCAACGUCGUCAGCCCGUUGAAUCCAAGUUUUCGCUGGUCGGGCAUCAGAGUAGAAAAGUGCCGUGUAAUGGACAGCAAAAUGAGACCGCUCUGCCUGGUGUUUCAAAAUGCUGAUACUUUCGGCGACGAUGUAUAUUUGAUUCUGAAGCACGGUGACGAUCUCCGACAAGAUAUGCUCACCUUGCAAAUGCUCCGAAUAAUGGAUAAACUUUGGAAGAAAGAAGGGCUGGACUUGCGUAUGAAUCCUUACGGUUGCAUAUCCACCGACAACCGAGUUGGCCUUAUUGAAGUGGUCUUGAAUGCCGAGACGAUCGCCAACAUUCAAAAGGAAAAGGGUAUGUUUCCGGCAACUGCCGCCUUUAGAAGAGGCUCGCUUCUUGCCUGGCUAAAGGAUCACAAUCACACCGAGCAAACUUUAAAUAAGGCCAUCGAAGAAUUCACUCUGAGCUGCGCGGGCUACUGCGUGGCCACCUACGUGCUUGGCAUCGCCGACCGACACUCCGACAACAUCAUGGUGAAGAAGACUGGUCAACUGUUUCACGUAGACUUUGGUCACAUAUUAGGACACUUCAAAGAGAAAUUCGGGAUUCGCCGGGAGAGGGUGCCGUUCGUAUUAACCAAUGAUUUCGUGCACGUGAUCAAUAAAGGACAGACCAAGAAGGGCCAAGCCUUGGAGUUCCAGCGAUUCCAGAAUUAUUGUGAACAAGCAUUUCUAAUAUUGAGACGACACGGCAGUCUUAUUUUGUCCUUGUUCGCUAUGAUGAUCUCGACGGGUCUACCCGAGCUAUCAUCAGAAAAAGAUUUGAAUUAUUUAAGAGACACGCUCGUUCUCGAGAUGUCGGAGACUGAAGCUAAGAAACAUUUCAGGAGUAAAUUUGACGAAGCCCUUUGCAACUCUUGGAAAACCUCGCUUAACUGGGCAUCACACAAUAUGGCUAAAAGUAAUAAAACCAUCUAAUUUUCAAGAAGAUUUAUUUUAUUGAUAUAUUUUUGGUUUUUCUGUAAAAAGUCAUUUCAUCAAUUUUUUUUUUACAUCUAAGUGUUCACUCCUAAACGUGUUUUAUUUUAUUCAUUUAAUACAUUUCUAUAAAUAUACCGUACUUCUAUUGUAUUCAAAUUGUAAUAUAGACCAUUUUUGUACUAUUGUAAAUAGAUAAAGAGAACAAUUCUUUUGCAAAAGGGCGCAUUGCUUGUCUAUAAGCUGUAAAUUAUUGUAUUUAAAAGAAGUGAUAUUAAAAUGUACUGUAUAUAUUGUAAUCUGCAUUUCAAAUUUAAUAAAUGUAUUACAGUUGUAAGAACAAUAAAGAUAAGCUUCCGAACUAUUUAAUUUUGAU